GCAAGCAAGUUCCAGUCCCUGUGCCUCCCCUUCCCGCUCCCAGGAGCCCACCCACCCUCAGGAACUGCCCCCAGCCAUCAGACCUUGGCCACUUAAGGGACCUGGGCCCAGUCCACAGCUGGGACAGUCCCAGCCCACUGCACUGGGAAUCUAGGAUGGGGGCCUUGGCCGGGGCCCUGCCGUCCAUACUGCUGGCGUUGCUGCUCACGUCCACCCCAGAGGCUCUGGGUGCCAACCCUGGCCUGGUCGCCAGGAUCACCGACAAGGGACUGGAGUAUGCGGCCCAGGAGGGGCUAUUGGCUCUGCAGAGUGAGCUGCUCAGGAUCACGCUGCCUGACUUCACCGGGGACGUCAGGAUCCCCCACGCCGGCCGUGGGAGCUAUGAGUUCCGCAGCCUGAAUAUCCACAGCUGUGAGCUGCGUCACUCUGCACUGAGGCCUGUCCCCAGCCAGGGCCUGAGUCUCAGCAUCUCCGACUCCUUCAUCCGGGUCCGGGGCAGGUGGAAGGUGCGCAAGUCAUUCUUGAAACUACAAGGCUCCUUUGAUGUGAGUGUCAAGGGCAUCAGCAUUUCAGUCAACCUUCUGUUGGGCAGCGAGUCCUCAGGGAGGCCCACAGUUACUGCCUCCAGCUGCAGCAGCGACAUCGAUGACGUGGAGGUGGACAUGUCGGGAGACUUGGGGUGGCUGUUGAAUCUCUUCCACAACCAGAUCGAAUCCAAGUUCCAGAAAGUACUGAAGAGCAGGAUUUGCGAAAUGAUCCAGAAAUCGGCGUCCUCCGAUCUACAGCCUUAUCUCCAAACUCUGCCAGUUACAACAGAGAUUGACAGUUUCGCUGGCAUUGAUUAUAGCUUAGUGGAAGCCCCUCGGGCAACAGCCCAGAUGCUGGAGGUGAUGUUUAAGGGUGAAAUCUUUCAUCGUAACCACCGUUCCCCAGUUACCCUCCUUGCUCCAGUCAUAAACCUUCCCGAGGAACAUAACAAAAUAGUCUACUUCGCCGUCUCGGAUUAUGUCUUCAACACGGCCAGCCUGGUUUAUCACGAGGAAGGGUAUCUGAACUUCUCCAUCACAGAUGACAUGAUACCGCCUGACUCUAAUAUCCGACUGACCACCAAGUCCUUUCGACCCUUCGUCCCACGGUUAGCCAGGCUCUACCCCAACAUGAACUUGGAGCUCCAGGGAUCAGUGCCCUCUCCUCCGCUCCUGAACUUCAGCCCUGGGAAUCUGUCUGUGAACCCCUAUAUGGAGAUAGACGCCUUUGUGCUGCUGCCCAGCUCCAGCAAGGAGCCUGUCUUCCGACUCACUGUGGCCACUAAUGUGUCCGCCAUCUUGACCUUCAAUACCAGCAAGAUCACUGGGUUCCUGCAGCCAGGAAAGGUAAAAGUGGAACUGAAAGAAUCCAAAGUUGGACUAUUCAAUGCGGAGCUGUUGGAAGCACUCCUCAACUACUACAUCCUCAACACCCUCUACCCCAAAUUCAACGAUAAGUUGGCCGAAGGCUUCCCCAUUCCUCUGCUGAAGCGUGUUCAGCUCUACGACCUCGGACUCCAGAUCCAUAAGGACUUCCUGUUCUUGGGUGCCAACGUCCAAUACAUGAGAGUUUGAGGACAAGAAAGAUGAAGCUUGGAGGCCACAUCUGGAUCUGCAUGUUGCAUUUCCAGCUGUGCAGCACGUCUCAGAUAUUCUUGAAGAAUGAAGACAUUUCUGCUCUCAGCUCCGGGGAUGAGGACUGCCUGGCCUCUGCCUCCACCCUCCUCCUCUUCACCAGGUGCAUGCAUGCUAUCUCUGAGUCUGGACUUUGCUUUCCCCUCCAGGAGGGACCACCUUCCCCAACUGGCCUGGGAUAUCUUUACAAGCAGGCACUGUAAUUUUUUUUUUUUUUUUUUUUUUUUGCCGUCUGAUCCCCAUGCCUAGCAGAGUGCUGGCACUUAGUAGGUCCUCAAUAAAUAUUUAUUAGAUGAU